UCGACGAAAGUCGAUCCGAACAAAAGAGGCGCAGAGUUAUGAAUCAGCUUGGUCACUACUUCCAGAAUCAAAGACCUACUACUCUCUACCGAAGACUAAAAUCCCACAAAAACGAUGUUAAACUCCGAUAGUUCACCGGCGUAUUCUACUGCCGGAACUUCUCCCCGGAAGCAUCCGGUAACGGACCGCCGUCUGCCCCUCCUUAACCUCUCCACGGUCCGCGCGAGAAUGGAUUCGCUGCAAUGCUUUCUGUCGGAAUCGGUCAACAGCAACACGAUCGUCGGCAAGGAUCAGAUGGAUAUGGUCUCCUUCGAGAUCUUUUCCGCCAUCCAACAGAUCAUCGUCAACGGUGCCGCUCUUCUCGAGAGCUCCCAGUUCUCGGAUGUCGAAACCCCUAAUUUGUCUGAUUCGAAAACAGCGGAGAGAAAGACUCAGCAUUUGAAUCCGGAUCCUGAAGAAUUGAAGCAAGGGUCGGACUAUUUGAAGAUGAAAGAAGCAGUAAUCGAUGAUUACGGUGACGAUUGUGAGAUUUUGGAGAUGGACGCGGUGGAGCUGCUGGCGGAACACACACAUUUUUGCGAGAUAUGUGGGAAAGGGUUCAAACGCGAUGCGAAUCUACGGAUGCAUAUGCGGGCCCACGGGAACCAGUUCAAGACUCCAGAGGCCCUCGCAAAGCCCACGAUCUCCGUGACGACGGAAUUGGUGACGGGGCGGAAGACCCGGUUCUCGUGCCCGUUUGAUGGGUGCAGCAGAAACAAGAAGCAUUCGAAGUUCCGGCCCCUGAAGUCGGUGAUAUGCGUGAGGAACCAUUUCAAGAGGAGCCAUUGCCCCAAGAUGUACUCCUGCAACCGUUGCAACAAGAAGAGUUUCUCUGUGUUGGCGGAUCUGAAGAGCCACUUGAAGCAUUGUGGGGAGUCCAAGUGGAAAUGUUCCUGCGGGACUACUUUUUCGAGGAAGGAUAAGUUGUUUGGUCACAUGGCAUUGUUUGAGGGUCAUAUGCCGGCGGUGGUUGAUGAGGAUCAGAAGGGGAAGAGCGAUGUGGUUCCAAUGGAGGAGGAAGGAGGAAUUGUGAAGGGAAUGGGAAUGGGGAUGGAUUAUGAGGAUAAUGAGAUAUUUGAUGGAUUGUUUGAUGGGAUUGGUUCGAUUGAGGGGUAUAGUUUGCAGGAUGUGCUUGGGUACUGGAAUGGAGGGGUUUUGUGACCUGGUUUGUUUCGUUUCCUUCAUGUCGAUAUGCUUGUUGUUUUGAGCUAUAUAUAUGGUUUCUUUGUAAUAAUAGAAUUCUGAUCCUCUGAUAGAAUUUUAGUCUUAUUCAUUUGAUAGUUGCUCCAUGUUUUCUUACUUUCAAUAAAGACAGGAUCUUGUUUUGUUUUGCAAGACCAAAA